AUGGUAGAUGCAGCUGCGGGAGACAUUUUAAUGGCUAAAACAGCAGAGGCUACAUAUGCUUUAUUGGAUGACAUAGCCACCAACAGUUACCAAUGGCCAAGUGAAAGAUCGGGUGUAAAGAAAGUAGCAGGACUUCAUGAAGUAGAUCCCAUCACUGCACUAGCAGCUCAGGUUGCAUCACUCACAAAUCAGAUAGUCGCGCUUACCACUCAAGGAAAUCAACAGAAGGUAGAUUCAAUCAUGAGUACUUCUUCUUCACACCAAGAGACAGAGGUUGCAAACGAGCAGGCCCAAUAUGUCAACAGUAGAAACUACAAUCAAAGAGGAAGCUAUCAAGCUAAUCACUAUCAUCCAGCGCUGAGGAAUCAUGAGAACUUGUCAUAUGGCAACAAUAGAAACACACUUCAACCUCCACCCGGAUUCAACACUCAGAAUUCUGAUGGGAAACCACCAUUGGAAGACAUCCUUGGAACGUUCAUUUCUGAGACAAGAUCACGCUUCAACAAAGAUGAAUCACGUUUGGAUAAUAUUGAAACACAUGUGUCCAACAUGGGAGCCACAAUGAAGAAUCUUGAAGUGCAAAUUGACCAAUUGGCUACCUCAAUAAAGUCUCAGCAAAAAGGAAAAUUUCCAAGUGAUACAGAGGUCAAUCCAAAGGAGCACUGUAAAGCUGUUGUAUUAAGGAAUGGCAAGCAAGUUGGAGAAAGUGAACUCACUGAAGAUAGCAACCCCACACCUGAUAAGGAGAAAGAACAAGUAGUAGAUGAGCAAGAAAAGCAGGCCAAGGGAACAAAUAAAGCCCACAGACCUUACUCCAUAUCCUUCCCUGACAACCCACCAAUUCUCGCACCACCACUUCCAUUUCCACAGCAUGUUUUGGAAUAA